AAAUUAAAAUUAAAAAAAAAAAAAAAAAAAACAGUCCCCCGUACUAAACGACAAACAAAAAUCGUCACUUCCCAUAAAAAAAACCACUCGCUCUGGUUAUUUUUUUCCGGCGAAGAAAUGGCGGCGUCGAAUUCAGUUGCGAUAUCUCCGAGAAAGCUCCGGUCAGAUUUGUACUCUCGCUCUUACCAAGACGAUCAGGACAUGCCGCUGGUCAUAUCGGUUCUGUCUUCCCUGAUCGAACGAACUCUUGCCCGGAACGAGAGAAUCACGGGAAGCUGCAGAUGGGCUUCGAGGGACGGAAAGACACGUGUCUUCGACUGCCGAGAAGUUCCCGACAUGACGAUCCAAUCGUACCUUGAGAGGAUUUUCCGGUACACCAAAGCCGGUCCGUCGGUUUACGUCGUUGCUUAUGUUUACAUCGACCGGUUCUGUCAGACCAAUCCCGGUUUCAGGAUCAGUCCCAGGAAUGUCCACCGCCUCCUCAUCACUACCAUCAUGGUCUCAUCCAAAUACGUCGAAGACAUGAAUUACAGGAACUCGUACAUGGCGAAAGUGGGGGGAUUAGAGACAGAGGACUUGAACAGAAUGGAAGUGGAGUUCCUGUUCCUGAUGGGGUUCAAACUGCACGUGAAUGUCAGCGUGUUCGAGAGCUACUGUUGCCAUCUGGAGAGAGAAGUGAGCUUCGGAGGAGGUUUCCAGAUCGAGAGGGCAUUACGAUGCGCCGAAGAGAUCAAAUCUCGACAAAUCGUCCAUCACCCUAAACACAACCGAAUCUUACUGUAGAUUUUAAUUUUUGAUUCUCUCUUUGGUUCUGUCGUUUUGUGCCUGUCGGUAAAAGGUUUUUGGCUUUUUGUACACAAAGAGUGGUAUGUAAUGUAUGUAUGAAUAAUGAAUCACUGUAUCGGCAAAUUGAUCGAGGGAAUGAUUACCAUUUGCAACUCUUAUCU